GUGCUCUUCCCUGUUAAUACGAUUGGGCUCUAGUUCGUAAAAAAAUGAUAAUUGGGCCUACGUUACGUGCACUGAUCACGUUUGGGAGAGAUCGAUCACCCACGCUGAUCACGCACGAUGACCAUCGUCCAUCCUCGCCUGUAGCCUCCUAUUUUUUCGUCUGAUCUCCUGGAAACCUAAUCGCCCGCAGCCACUGGCCGCCGCCAUGGAGCAGACACUAGAUACCCACGCCACACCAUGGCACAUCGAUGCCGCAGCUCCAGCCUACGCCAUCCGCCGACGAUUUCAGAUAAGACGUCCUUUUCCUUCAUGAUUUUGCCCUAAAUUAUGCCCUAGAACUGCUGCUUGACGUGGUGAGGCUUUUGUCGGCCGUAGUGUUGCACAGAACGACACAAGUAUGAAAGCGAAGGUCCCCUUGAUCAUGGUCUUCAAUCCUCAGAACCAGGCGUGGAAGCCUGUGAACAGUUUCAAGGAUUUGUACAAGGAUCAGUGGUACAUUGCCGGGCUGCCACAUCCAGGAGAUUGCGAAUGGAUCCCGAAGGCAACAGUAAACACGCCAUCCUGGAGCGCUUGCUGGCUGACAAAUAUGCAGAGCCCAUGAAACUGCCGUUUUCACUCUUGGAGGACAUCACGAAUGGUUUCUCUCCUGAUCAUCGAAUCGGCAUAGGAGGGUUUGCGGUGGUUUAUAAGGGGGUGGUUGGAAAAUACACGGUCGCUGUCAAGAAGCUAUCCAACACAUACAAUAUCCGCGAGAAUAAAUUCCACCAAGAGGUUAAAUGCUUGAUGAAGGCUAAGCAUGAGAACAUAGUACGUUUCUUGGGGUACUGUGCUGAGACACAAGGGGAAAUGGAAGACUACGAGGGAAAGCUUGUCAUGUCAGAUCAACGAAACUGGCUACUUUGCUCUGAGCAUGUGCCCAACGGGAGCCUUGAUAAGCAUAUUACCGAUGUAUCUACUGGACUUGAAUGGAGAGAGCGUUAUCGAAUAAUCAGGGGAAUAUGCGAGGGGCUACAUUAUCUUCAUCAGAAGUGCAUUCUUCAUUUGGACCUCAAGCCCGCUAAUAUACUGUUAGAUGAUCACAUGGUACCUAAAAUUACUGAUUUUGGUCUAUCAAGGUGUUUCGAGGAAGGGCAAACAAGUGCAUUCACUGAACAAAUAUUUCUAUCACGAGGAUAUUUUGCUCCGGAACUACUGAGAGGACAAAUCACAUACAAGUUAGACAUAUUUAGCCUGGGCGCCAUAAUCAUGGAGAUACUGAUAGGAGAGAAGAGUUAUCCCGAAGAUGAGAAGGUAGUUGCCAGUUGGAUGAAUCAGGUAGUUGCAAGUUGGAUGGAUCGACUGGAGGCAUUAGAGGGAGAUACACAGUUGGAACAAGUAAGAGUAUGCACUAAGAUAGGGAUAGAAUGUUUGGACUUGGACCCGAAGAAGAGACCAGAUGCAGGGGACAUAAUCGAUAGGCUUGAUAAAACAGGAAGUGUGGACUAUUCAGACAAAAUUGGUAUCAGCAGUUCAUCAUCUGAGCAGAGUCACAAGAAGGUCAAGCCUGCAGACCUUAUCCAAGAGGAUGAAAAGGUAAACUGGAGAUCAUUCAACGUUGAUGGUCUAAACAAGUUCACAGAGGUUGAGAUUAAAAGGAACACUGACAACUAUAGCACUCUCAUUAGCAAAAGUGGCUCCGCAGAAGUUUACCAUGGUGUUCUUGAAGAUGGUAGUUCUGUUGCAGUCAAGAUUCCACUCCCAGAUAUGAAGGAACAUUUUGCUAAAGAAAUAAUCAUACAUUGCCAAAUCAACCACAAGAACGUUGUUAGGCUCUUGGGCUACUGUUCAGAGGAAAACGUUUUAAUGAUGAUCACCGAAUACACCUCUGGAGGAAACCUCAGAGAUGUUCUUGAUUCCAGAGAAUAUCCCAUUUCUUUAGAUGCAAGGUUGGGUAUUGCUCUAGACUGUGCAGAGGUGUUAAGCUACAUGCAUUCUUCCAUGUGUCCACCAAUCAUUCACGGUGAUUUCAAGCCAGGUAACAUCCUUUUAGAUGAUAACUUUCGUGCGAAAUUAUUCGACUUCGGGAUAUCCAGAAUGUUUUCCAAGGACAGCACUCAAUACACAGUGAAUGUGAUAGGCAGCAUAGGUUACAUGGAUCCGUUGUUUGCUAAGACUGGGUACAUCGAUCCGAAGAGUGAUGUUUACAGUUUUGGGAUCGUAUUGGUAGAACUAGUCACCAGAAAAAAGGUAUAUGAAAAUGGUACAAUUACUGACCUCAUAGAAACUUUCAUCCUAGCUGUUCAAAAAGGAAAGAAGGCAAGAGAGAUGUUCGAUGCUGAUAUAGCACAGUCGAGCAACAUUAAGGUUCUUGACAAGAUUGUAAAUCUAGCAGCUGAGUGCCUCAGAAUGGAGAUGAGCAAACGCCCUCAAAUGGAAGAUGUUGCAGAACGUCUUCGGAUGCUAAUAAAAGCUCGUUGCCAGCCGGGUGAAGAAAAAACUGCAGGUCACUGGACAUUGUGGGGAAAACAAGACAACAACACAACACAAAGCGAAAGGAUUUCCAGCUCUAACUCUACCGUGUUCUUCAACUUGAACAGUUUGGGCAUCUUCAGUAGGAAUGCGCACACGAAUUUCAAAAGGAAUGGAGGUCCAGUACUGCAGAAUGUCAAGGGACUAUACAUUUUCACAAAAAGCGAACUAAGAAAAAUCACCAACAACAACUCAGAGUUUCUUUCAAUCGAAAGUUUUGGUAAAGUCUGCAAAGGAACCCUUUCUGACAACACUGCAGUGGCAGUUAUGUCUUCUGUCAAGGUAACUGAAUCUAUAAAAGAGCAGUUUAUCGAGCAAAUAGAGAUCCAGACACAUAUGAUGCACGUGAAUAUUCUCAAGCUCAUCGGUAGCUGCCUGGAGGUGGAUGUUCCAAUGUUGGUGUAUGAGUUUGCUGGCAAAGGAAGUCUUCAAGACAUUCUUCAUGGCAACAGCAGAAACCAAAAGCUCCCCUUAGACCUGCGUCUGGAUAUUGCAAUUGGAACUGCACAAGGUUUAACAUAUCUGCACUCCUAUGGAGAUCAAGCCAUACGGCACGGUGAUGUCAAACCGGACAACAUACUUCUGGAUGACAAGUUCGUACCAAAAAUCUUGGAUUUCGGGUUAUGGAAGCUGCUUAGAGAGGAAUAUUAUUUCGGCAAGAUUGUAGCUGGGGACAUGGCCUACGUUGACCCAGUAUUCCUUAAAACCGGGCAACUGACAGAAAAAAGCGACGUUUACAGCUUUGGGGCGGUUCUCUUAGAACUCAUUACCAGGAAGCGAAGUGUAUAUGAUGAAUACACUAGCCUCAUUUUGGAGUUCCGUAAAGUCUGUGAGAAAGAAAAGAGCGGUAGGGCGAUGAUGGACAAGGAGAUCGGAACUGAAGAAGAAGAUAUCUAUUGCCUGGAAGAAAUUGGUAAGCCGGCAAUUGAGUGCCUAAAAGAAGAUGUAGAAGAUCGGCCCGACAUGGCGGCGGUAGUUGAGCGACUUGUAAUGCUUAAAGAGGAUAGGAUGCUUAAGAGUUAGGAACGGCAUCCAAGUGACUUGUACUUGGUUUACAAUUUACAUGGCCACUUUCCUCUGCUCUCUGUAUAUCACUGUAGUUCAUGUGAAUAAAAUGUGAGGUCAACAUUAACCAGCUCUGUGCAAUUCUGCAUGACUGAACUAUAGUACUAUCAUCAUGAAUGGCUUAAAAAUCAUAGCCAUUGUUUGCAACAUCCAUACGAUUGGGAUGCUGGGAUUUUUGCUUUCAUAUCAGGAGCAGUUUGG